AUGUCUGUGGUCAUUGCUGCUUUCCAGGCACACAAUGAAGCAAAGCCACUCACUCAGAAGACCUUCAGCUCCAUCAGCAAGAAGGAGGCCUCCACCUUUCAGAUGCUCAUUGGCCUGGGCCCAGACCCUGACGAGUUGGCACAGAUGAGGCACAAAGCGCUUCAGGAUCAGCACCACCUAGAGGUGUACUGGGGUACGUACCGUCUGAGAGAUGAACUGGCCCACCGCUACGCCACGCUGCUGAGGGAGAAGGUGCAGCGGCAGAGACGGGAGAUCAGGCAGCGUGAGGAACACCUCAUCCAAACUCAACUCAGCCGCACAAAAAAAAAAAAGAAGAGUCUGGAAGGCCAGAAACUCAGCCACCUCACAGUUUCUCACGGUGAAACACGUUUCAGAGCUCUCCCUAAAACCACCCAUUAUCUGAUCCUGGAAGUGCAGAGCCUGCUGGUCCAGCUCGGCUAUCUGAAGACCCGUCAAGAGCGGGAGCUGUUCAACCAGUGGGUGGACCAGCACCGGAGAGGCAGCAAGCUGAGAGGGAAGCUGAACGAGAUGGUGAUUUGCAGCAAGUCAGCUCCAAAUCUAGUGUUUGAGAGUCUCAUGAAACGAGAAUGUCUGCUGCCCAAGAUUCACACCUCAAGUCAUGACAAAGACCCUCAGGAAGAGACGGCCGUGGGGAGGCUGGGGACGCUGGGGGAGAGAGGAGGCAGUACCCCCGACCCGGGAGGCAAACAGGCUCAGGAGCGGGACGGAGCUAAACAAAUGUUUCCCAAGAUGGUCUUGCAGCCAGUCAGGAGGCCCAAGUUUGCUACCCUGCAGCCCAGCUUUAUGGACUCUCUCAGAAGUACUAUCCUCCCAACAGCCCCCAAGCAUCCUGAGAAGAGGAGUGUAGAUAGUUACCUGUUGAAGCUCCGACUCAUGCACAACCUGUCUCUCACUCACAUGGCCUACUCUCAAAGACUGUUGGGGAAAGGUGGACCUAUUUUAGAGGAUGGAUAUGAAAUGAGACAUCUGAUUGAUUACAUAUCCCCUCACAGUACUGAUUUCAUGGAAGCUGAUCAAACCACCAGAAAAACUCCUCUCCCUUCUCUGACGAAAUGCCUCAGCAACAUGACCACAUCAGAUGAAGGUGGAGACGAGGAGCCCAUUCCAGCACUCUGCCCACAUACUGAGACUGAGUCAGACCCUCAGGAUAGGGAGCCUUGUGAAGGAGGGAUUGCUUCCGUCCACCAAGAGGAACCCUUGUCUAUAAAUGACUUGCUUCAGCAAAGCAUAUCACCCGUGGGAGAUCACAGUGUGAAGAUGUGGCAGAAUUACAGUAUGCUUGAGUGUUGUUUGUUGCAUUAGAUAACCUUGAGGAAAUGCAUGGUAUGAAGACUCUGAAGAAGUCUGAUUUGCCAGGAUGUUGAAAUUAUGUGACAAAGAGCUGUUCCUGUAGAUAAAACAACCAGCUGCUUCAUGCUUUUGGCAUGAUCAGUAAUUACUCACAUUAGAAACAUACCCCUAAUUCAUAUAGCCACUUAUUUGGAGUGAUGACAUUGCCCUGAAUUACUUUUGGGUAAAACU